AUUUCGCAGGCUUUGGGUUAUCGGUGACUGCGAACAUCCCUUCCUGCCCCGUGCCGUUUACUCUCGUCAUCCCCGUUCUCGUUCCAAUUAAUUUUUAUUUUAUUUUAUUUUAUUUUUUAGCAAUUACUUCAGAGUCGAAAAUCAAAAAAAAAAAAAAAACGAAAAAUUAAAAUCGCGUCCUCCCGAGGCCCCAAUCUGAGAAACAGAAAAGCGACCCGAUUUCUCCAUCUUCUUCUUCCGUGCCUGCGUGCGUGAGCUAGUGCGUGUGAAUUUCGCGCGUGGGUUUCCGCGGUGACGGACCUUCGCUCCUCUUUCUCUUGUCAUCCAUUGAUUCUUGGUCGAUGCCGUAACAGCAUCGGAACUUCUCCUGCAAUCCGAAAGCUCCGAUCGGUAUCUUCGAGCUCUUCCACUCUACCGAUUGUCGAUUUCAUCAGAUUGUCUGAAGUUCUAGUACUUGUUGGUCACUUGCCCCAGGCCAGGCAGGUCAGUCAGAAAUGGUGUUACUUCUAGGUGCUGGCAUUGUGAAAUAAUGCGCUAUGCACUGCUGUUUUAGAAGCAUACAGGAUGAAUGUGCAGGCACAUAUGUCGGGACAGAUCUCAGGGCAGGUGCCUAAUCAAGCUGGCACUCAGUUGCCUGGACUAUCCCAGCAGAAUGGAAAUGCUCUUCCUGUCCAGAUGCAAACUUUAGGCACUCACCGUAAUACUGGUACCAUGGAGCCUGAGCUCGUGAAAGCACGAAAAUUCAUGCAAGAAAAGAUAUACGAGUUUGUGAUGCAGCGGCAGCCGAAUACUAAUGAUAUAGCACAAAAAAAGAUAUUUGAUAUUGUUAGACGCUUAGAGGAAGGUCUUUUUAAAUCUGCCGUCACAAAGGAUGAGUAUGUGAAUUUGGAGACUUUGGAGAGCCGCUUGCAUGUUUUGAUUCAGCGCCUAACUCAAAACCCGCAGUUUCCGCAACUUGUUAAUUCAUCCUCUUUCAUUGGAACAAUGAUACCUACACCUGGUAUGUCGCAUGGUGGAAACUCUAACUUGAUGGUUACAUCGUCUGUGGAUACUUCCAUGAUUGCUGCCAGUGGCUGUAAUAGCAUAGCACCUUCAAAUGUCAACACAGGAAACUUGUUGUCCACUGGUAAUGGGCCUUCUGUCAGCAUCCACGGUGGUUCCUUCAGUGCGUCUGAUGGGACUCUAUCUAACGGAUAUCAGCAGCCACCUUCAAAUUUUUCUAUAAGUUCUUCAGGAAACAAUAUGAUGUCAUCAACGAGUGUGCAAAGGAUCACUAGCCAAAUGAUUCCUACUCCUGGAUUUAAUAGUAAUAAUAAUCAGUCAUACAUGAAUUUGGAAGCUUCUAAUAAUGGUAGUGGUUUUCCCAGUGUGGAAUCAUCUAUGAUAUCACAGUCGCAGCAGCAAAAGCAGCAUGCUGGCGGUCAAAACAGCCGUAUAUUGCAUAACCUUGGGAGCCAAAUGGGUAGUGGGAUUAGAUCGGGGUUGUUGCAGAAACCUUAUGGAUUCUCAAAUGGGGCUGCAAAUGGUGGUCUAGCGAUGGUUGGGAGUAAUUUACAACUGGUGAAUGGACCUACCACGUCUGAGGGUUAUCUGUCUGCAUCACAGUACGGUAAUUCUCCAAAACCUUUGCAGCAGCAGUUUGAUCAACAUCAGCGACCACUAAUGCAGGGUGAUGGGUAUGGGAUGAGCUCUACUGAUCCUUCUGGCUCUGGGAAUUUCUAUGCCCCUGUAACAUCUGUUGGAUCAAUGAUGAACACUCAGAAUUUGAAUCCAGUAAGCUUUCAGGCUAUGUCGAAGACACACACUCAAAUGAUAACCAAUCAUUCAAAUCUGCAGAAUACACAACAGGUUGCACAUGUGAAGUCUCAGCCAAUCGAACUAUCAGAAAAGAUGAAUUUUGGAUCACCAUUAUCAUCAAAGGAGAACCUCUUACAUUCUCAUCAACAGCAGCAAUUUCAGCAGCAGCCGCAUCAGUUUCAACAACAGCAGCAAUUUGGUCAGCAUAAUCGCCAACAUAAGCAGCCGCAUCAUUUUAUGAAGAGUGAUGCUUUUGGUCAGUCAAAGCUGGCAUCAGAUUUAGGCAGUCAUGUAAAGCCUGAGCAUGUAAUGGAGCGCCAUAGUGAAGUUUUGCCAUCACAUGUUUCUGAACAGUUCCAACUUACUGAGUUGCAGAAUCAAUUCCAGCAAAAUUCUGCUGAAAAACAUGCUCGUGGUUCUCAGAUGUUCUCUCUUCCAUCUGGUCAACAGGACAUAUGCUCAUCACUCUCUCAAAAUUCACAGCAAAUGCAACAGAUGUUGCAUCCACCCCAGUUGGUGACAGAAGCUCAAAAUAGUUUUAGCUGCCUUUCUGUUGGAGCACAAUCAGAAUCUGUAGCACAAGGUCAGUGGGGUUCUCAAUCACAAAAUAUGUCUCUUGUGACAGGAAACUUGUCAAAUGAGCAGCAUGUACAGGAGGACUUUCGUCACAGGAUAACUGUGCAGGAUGAAGCUCAGAGGAACAAUUUUUCUUCUGAGGGAUCUAUAAUUGGUCAAACUGUUGCAUCUAGAGGCACGGCAGAGCCCCUGAGUUUGAGAGGUGCCACUUGUAGUUCUGGAAUAACAAAUCGUGAAAGACAAUUUAAGAAUCAACAGCGGUGGCUUUUGUUCUUGCGUCAUGCCCGCCGUUGUGGAUCUCCAGAAGGGAAAUGUGAAGAGGCUCAUUGCAUUCAUGCUCAGAAGCUGUGGAAGCACAUGGAAAGAUGUAAUAUAACUCAUUGCCCAUAUCCUCGCUGUCAUCAUACCAAGCUCUUGCUUAAUCAUUACAAGCGUUGCCGAGACCCAGGGUGCCCUGUUUGUGUUCCUGUCAGGAAUUUUUUACAGGAAAAAUUUAAGAAGCGUACUUCAGAUUCUAAUUCUAGAUUGCCAAGUUCAGUCAGUGCAUCAUGCAAAACCUAUGAUGCUGGAGACACUUCAGUUAGAUUGAUUUCAAAGUCUAGUCCAUCUGUUGUAGAAACUUCGGAUGACCUACAACCCUCAGUGAAACGCUUGAAGACAGAGCAGCACUUCCAAUCACUCAUCCCUGAGGGUGAAAGUUCUGCAGUAUCCAUUCCUGCAAUUGCUGAACCCCGUAUUUCCCAUGAUGGACAGCCCCAUGAAUAUCAGCGUGGUGAUGUUUGUGGGCCGAUAAAAUCUGAAUUUACUGAAGUGAAUGUGGAAGUACCUGUUAUUUCCAGUCAAGGGAGUCCAAAUAUUAGUGAGAUGAGGAAUGAUAAUAUGGAUGAUCUUUACAACCAAAAACCUGAUGGUGAACAUAUUGUAUUUAAUGAGUCUGCUGCUUUUCCUAAACAAGAGAGCAUUAAACUUGAGAAGGACGUUGAUCAGGCUAUGCAGGAAAAUGUUGUGGUGCCUCCUGAACAGGCUGCGGGUACCAAAUCUGGAAAGCCAAAAAUAAAGGGAGUUUCAUUGACUGAACUAUUCACUCCGGAACAAAUUAGGGAGCAUAUUAUGGGUCUCAGGCAGUGGGUUGGCCAGAGUAAAGCUAAGGCAGAAAAGAAUCAAGCAAUGGAGCACGCAAUGAGUGAGAACUCUUGUCAGUUGUGUGCUGUUGAGAAGCUUACUUUUGAGCCACCUCCUAUAUAUUGUACACCAUGCGGUGCCCGGAUCAAGCGAAAUGCUAUGUAUUAUACUGUGGGAACUGGUGAUACAAGGCACUAUUUCUGCAUUCCAUGCUAUAAUGAGGCUCGUAGUGACACUAUUCUGGUUGAUGGAACUGCUGUUCUAAAGGCAAGGCUGGAAAAGAAGAAAAAUGAUGAGGAGACGGAAGAAUGGUGGGUACAGUGUGACAAAUGUGAAGCUUGGCAACAUCAAAUUUGUGCCUUAUUCAAUGGCCGAAGGAAUGAUGGCGGACAAGCUGAAUACACUUGCCCUAGAUGCUAUAUAACUGAGAUUGAAAGAGGAGAGCGUUCGCCCUUACCACAGAGUGCUGUUCUUGGGGCAAAAGAUUUGCCUAGAACACUCCUUAGCGACCACAUAGAGCAACGGUUAUUUAGAAAAUUGAAGCUGGAAAGACAAGAGAGGGCAAAAUUCCAAGGGAAAAGUUUUGAUGAGGUUCCUGGAGCAGAAGCACUUGUUGUAAGAGUUGUCUCGUCAGUUGACAAGAAAUUGGAAGUGAAGCAAAGGUUUCUAGAGAUUUUUCAGGAAGAGAACUACCCAACGGAAUUCCCAUAUAAAUCCAAGGUAAUAUUAUUGUUUCAGAAGAUUGAAGGUGUAGAAGUAUGCCUUUUUGGCAUGUAUGUUCAAGAAUUUGGAUCAGAGUGCCAGUUUCCAAAUCAACGCCGUGUUUAUCUCUCAUAUCUGGAUUCUGUGAAGUACUUCAGGCCUGAGAUUAAAACAGUAACCGGAGAAGCUCUCCGCACAUUUGUUUACCAUGAAAUUCUGAUUGGAUAUCUUGAGUACUGCAAGAAACGGGGUUUCACGAGUUGCUAUAUAUGGGCUUGCCCUCCGUUGAAGGGUGAAGAUUAUAUUUUAUAUUGCCACCCAGAGAUUCAGAAAACACCAAAAUCUGAUAAACUCAGGGAAUGGUACUUAUCAAUGUUGAGAAAAGCUGAAAAAGAAAGUAUCGUAGUUGAUCUUAUUAAUCUAUACGACCAUUUCUUUGUUUCAACUGGUGAAUGUAAGGCCAAGGUAACUGCAGCUAGGCUACCAUAUUUUGAUGGUGACUACUGGCCUGGUGCUGCAGAGGAUAUGAUUUAUCAGCUUCGUCAAGAAGAAGAUGGCAGGAAACAAAAUAAGAAAGGAUCAACUAAGAAGACCACCAUAACAAAAAGGGCUCUAAAAGCCUCUGGUCAGUCUGAUCUAUCUGGCAACGCAUCGAAGGAUUUGCUGCUAAUGCAUAAACUUGGUGAGACCAUUUCCCCGAUGAAGGAAGAUUUUAUAAUGGUCCAUUUACAGCGUGCAUGCAGUCACUGUUGUCAUCUACUGGUGUCUGGAAAUCAUUGGGUUUGCAAACAAUGCAAAAAUUUUCAACUUUGUGACAAGUGCUAUGAUGCAGAACAGAAGCUGGAAGAGAGAGAAAGACAUCCUAUCAAUCAGAGGGACAUGCACAUACUAUAUCCGGUUGAAAUAAAGGAUGUACCAGCUGAUACCAAGGAUAAAGAUGAGAUCCUUGAGAGUGAAUUCUUUGACACCAGACAGGCAUUUCUGAGUCUCUGCCAAGGGAAUCAUUACCAGUACGAUACACUACGCCGUGCUAAACAUUCCUCAAUGAUGGUCCUUUACCAUCUUCAUAACCCGACAGCUCCAGCCUUUGUGACAACAUGCAAUAUAUGUCAUCUUGACAUUGAAGCUGGUCAAGGAUGGCGUUGUGAAACAUGUCCUGAUUAUGAUGUAUGCAAUGCUUGUUAUCAAAAGGAUGGGGGUAUGGAUCAUCCUCAUAAGUUGACAAAUCAUCCGUCUAUAGCGGAUCGUGAUGCACAGAAUAAAGAAGCUAGACAAAUGCGAGUUGUACAGCUUAGGAAAAUGCUGGACCUUCUGGUGCAUGCAUCUCAAUGCCGUUCACCACAUUGUCAAUACCCGAAUUGCCGUAAGGUGAAAGGACUUUUUCGUCAUGGAAUACAGUGCAAAACACGUGCAUCUGGAGGUUGUGUUCUCUGUAAAAAAAUGUGGUACCUCCUUCAACUUCAUGCUCGGGCUUGCAAAGAAUCUGAAUGCCACGUGCCAAGAUGCAGAGAUCUGAAUGAGCAUUUGAGGAGGCUGCAGCAGCAGUCGGACUCCAGGCGAAGGGCUGCUGUGAUGGAGAUGAUGAGACAGCGAGCUGCAGAGGUUGCUGGCAAUGCUGGAUGAGCGAUAUGCGUACCCUGUAAAUAUUAAUGUUUUGAAGAGCUUCCAGAUAAGAGGGGGCUGUUUAUGGUUUUCACCUACUCUGUUGAGAAAUUGUUUGGUUCCAGACAGUGAUGGCAGAAUGGGCAGGAGAGGAGAGGAGAGGAGAGCUUGGGAAAGGGCAGCAAAUGUUCAAUAAUCGCCUGGUAGGGAACGAUUCUUUCAUUCGUAUCUUCUAGGACAGAAUUCUCCCUGAAGGAAGCGAGUUAAGUUCAUUGACCACAGCUGCCCCUCAUCCUCGACAAAUGCUAACCUCGCCGCUGCUUGAAGCAGGUGGACUUGAUGGGCCUCUGCCCGUUGCCUGAUCUGGCGAAUUCUUUGAUUUUAUCGUCUUGUAUUAAAUCCAAUGUCUGUCAUCACUUGGUGGCGAGUGUACUAUAAUUGUUCUAAUCUGUCUAAAAUGUUUCUCACGAAGGAAUCUGGGAGGCAGGCCCCUAUUUUUAGUUUUGUUUUUUUAUUUAUCUUUUUUUUUUUUUUUUAAAAUUUUAUUUUAAUAUUCAUCUUAUUAUUAUUUUUU